AACUUACAUAGUUUUUCAUUCUCAAUGUAUAUACUUAUGAUAGGCUUCUAAUAUUUUCCUUUUAAUUUAUCGCUGCUCCAUCUGCCAUUCUCCCUAGCUAUAGCUUUGUCUUCCCAAACGAGACGACCAGAGACCUUCUUAUGACAGAAAAGUUUUGCUGCAUGGUGAUGAGGAUCAGCAUUGACUGCCGUGGUUGUUACCGGAAAGUAAGAAGAACGCUUCUCAACAUGCAAGAGUUAGAGACUCAUUUAAUCGAGAAGGAAGAGUGUAGGGUAAGCGUGUGUGGGAAAUUCAUUCCUCGAGAUGUAGCUAUAAAGAUAAGGAAGAAGACUAAUCGUAGAGUGGAGAUACUGGAUGUCCAGGAGUUCAAUAACGAUACUACUACUGCACUUGGUGCCCCCAACAAUAAUGGAAAUCAGCAGCAUGAUCAAAAAUCCAUGAUGGUCACUACUUGGAAUCUUCUCUCCAGCCCAAGUCAAAUCGAAAACUGCUUAGCAUGGGAGAGCCAACUUGCAAAUUGUAUAUUGUGUGAGGGCCAGUACGAAAAUUGUGACCCAUGGGAGACCCAAUAUCAAACAUGUAUAACAUGAGAGAGAGAGAGAGAGAGAGAGAGAGAGAGAGAGAGAGAGAGAGAGAGAGAGAGAGAGAGAGAGAGAGGUUAGUUCAAUUCUCAAUUGUAAAAUUAUGUGUCACCUACCUCUUUAGCAGUUAUAUACACGUUAAAAAUGAUGUCCCAUGACACAUUUCAAAAUGCC